CGGCAGCGUCCAAGGGCGGGGUCUGGAUGUUCCAGCCCAUUCCCUCUGGUCUCUAGACAGGGUUUGGCAGCCAUGGCGUGGCCCCGUGUGCGGCUGGUAGUCACGGCUGAUGACUUUGGUUAUUGCCCGCGGCGCGAUGAGGGCAUCGUGGAGGCCUUCUUGGCAGGAACUGUGACCAGCGUGUCACUACUGGUCAACGGCACAGCCGCAGAGAGCGCGGCCGAGCUGGCCCGCAGGCACAGCAUUCCCACGGGCCUCCACGCCAACCUGUCUGAGGGCCGUCCCGUGGGCCCGGCCCGCCACAACGCCUCGUCGCUUCUCAGCCCGGAAGGCUUCUUUCUGGGCAAGAUGGGAUUUCGGGAGGCCUUAGCGGCUGGAGACGUUGCUUUGCCCCAGGUGAGGGAGGAACUAGAAGCUCAACUCAGCCGCUUCCGGGAGCUGUUGGGCAGGUCCCCCACGCACGUGGACGGGCACCAGCACGUACACGUGCUCCCAGGCGUGUGUCAGGUGUUCGCCGAGGCGUUGCAGGCGGACGGGGUCCGCUUCACACGGCUGCCAGCGGAACGCGGCGUGGGCAGCUGCGCGUGGCUCGAAGCGCCAGCGCGCGCCUUCGCCUGCACUGUGGAGCGCGAUGCCCGGGCCGCCAUGGGCCCCUUCUCCCGCCACGGCCUGCGGUGGACCGAUGCCUUUGUGGGUCUGAGCACCUGUGGCCGGCAUAUGUCUGCUCACCGAGUCUUAGGGUCCCUGGCGCGAGCACUGGAAGAAAUCCCUGCUGGCCACGCCCUGACUGCGGAGCUGAUGGCACACCCGGGAUACCCCAGUGUGCCUCCAGCAGGGGGCUGCGGUGAGGGCCCCGAUGCAUUCUCUUGUUCUUGGGAGCGGCUUCAUGAGCUCCACGUCCUCACAGCACCCUCCCUACGGGCUCGGCUGGCCCAAAAUGGAGUACAGCUCUGCGCCAUUGACGACCUGGAUUCUAAAAGGCCGGGAGAAGGGGUACCCUGUGAGGCAACUCUGGAACCUUUCCUGGAGCCUUCCCCACGCUGACACCAAAGGCCAGCUACAAACUGCCUCUCUCUGUGGAGGAAGCUCCAGUUCAGCCAGGCCUUGCAGCAGGGCCUGACUUCCUAGAACGAGAAGCCAGU